GACCGGCUCGUUCGCGACCGACACAUCACUAGCCGUGACGUCACUUCCUCCUGGUAGCACCACAACAACACCAGAAGCUAACUCGUUAGCCUUCACGAUGAGCUUGUUUCUGCCUAAAUUAUCCUGUAAAAAAGACAUAGAUGAAGUUAUCAAGGGCGUGGCAGAGAAGGUCGUCGUUUUGAGGUUUGGGAGAGAUGAAGACUCGGUUUGUCUCCAGCUGGAUGAGAUUCUGUCAAAGACUGCCCAUGACCUCAGCAACAUGGCGUCCAUUUACAUCGUCGAUGUGGACAAAGCUCCCAUCUACACACGAUACUUUGACAUCAGUUACAUCCCCUCCACCGUCUUCUUCUUCAACGGACAGCACAUGAAAGUGGACUACGGGUCACCAGAUCACACCAAGUUUGUCGGCAGCUUCAAAACCAAGCAAGAUUUCAUGGAUCUGAUCGAGGUCAUAUACAGAGGAGCCAUGCGGGGCAAGAUGAUUGUCCAGAGUCCCAUAGAUCCUCAAAAUAUUCCCAAAUAUGAUCUCCUCUACCAUGGAAUUUAGGAUCAACACCUACUGUGCGGCCUAAUGAUCAUAAUAAUGUGUGGCAUCAACCGUUACUGGUUGAUUAACUGACAAAAAUAGCUUUCAGCCACCUUCCUAUAGGAGGCAAAUUAUAAACAGGGCAGCACAUUACCCUUUAUAAUUUGUCCUCUUGUUAUUUUUAAAUGCUCCAGUAGAGUUUUUGAACGCCGCUAACACCAUGGAACAUUGUUGUUAUGUGUGGUCCCUGUUGUGUUCCUGCAGGCCUGUUCAAACAAACAAAUACACACAAUGUAAUGGGCUUAGUUAAAGUUCCCCUAGUCCAAUGUACAGUAUUAACAAUAGGUUAACAGAGGUUCUGCAACUAUUCAAGUUUUAUUUAUUUAUUGUGAAAA